AUGGCAAAUCAGAAAGAAGCCUGCGGGGCAAAUCGGUACAAAUGAGACCGAGCAAGAGGGUGGGGAGGGACGGUGAGGGAGGGGGGAAUGACUCCUGGGUUCGCGCUUCUGUUCCCGAGUUUGAUGUUGUCUGCAAACAGCCCUGUAAAUGCUCGGGAGCAGCAUCCGCAGGCACCUGCCCCGCUCCUCUCCGUCCCAGAGCAGAGCAGGGGCCCGGCCGGACGCUCAGCGCAGGCGGGGAGCGGGCUGAGCUCAGGUCUGUCUGUCUGACCAUCCUCUCUGACAACAUCUGUGCACGAGAAGGGCUUGGCAAGGCUGCACAGCUCACCAGAUCCUGCGUUGUCUCCUUCCAGGGCACACAGCAGUCUCCAGGGAGGUGCAGGGAGAUUCAGGCGCCGAGCCCCUCCAUUCUCACCAGGAGCUGCCUCCAGGUACCCACUACCAUGUCCAAGGAUGACGUGGGCUGCAAGCUGACCUCUGUCUACAAGCACAAGGAAAGGAAGCCAAAAAAGCCCCACUACAUCCCGAGGCCAUGGGGCAAGCCGUACAACUACAAGUGUUUCCAGUGCCCCUUCACCUGCAUGGAGAAGUCCCACCUCUACAACCACAUGAAGUACAGCCUGUGCAAGAACUCCCUCUCCCUCCUCAUCGAGUCCGACUGGCCCUACAAGAAGGGCAACCUGCUCCACCCCGAGCUGCGGCUCCUGCACGCCACCGAGGCCACCCGGCUGCGUGGGCGCCGGGACGAGCCGGAGACCUGCGACUCCUCGGCCACAUUGGGAGGGUCGGGGAGGAGCAAGCAGCCCCCUGGCAGGGAUGGCCACGAGGAGAAGCAGAUGCCAGGCGUGGAGAUCCUGCCUGCUGAAGGGGCUGGUGAAGAAGGCGGCCCGUUCCAGGAGGAGGAGGAGGAUGUGGCUGGCCUCUUGAGGCAGAUGGAUGCGGGGGAGAAGAAGGAGAAAAACGAAGAGGCGGGUUGCCAAGGUGACCCAGCUGAACCAGAAGUGAACACUUUGGUCUUUGGUUUCAAGAACAAGCGAGACAAACCUUGCAAGGAGGUGGAGCCCGACUUCAUCAUCACGGAUGUCUUCUCCCUCAAGAACCAUGUCAUGAAAAGCAGGGAAAUGGCCUCCCCAGACCUAGAAGCUAAGCCAAAGCAUUGCAAAGUGCCAAAGAAAUGCCUGGCAAGCAGUGGGAUCCUCAUGGAGCAGUGGAAACUGGUGGCAAAUGGGCAAAGAAGGAACACGCCUGAGGUCUCCCCACCUUGUACUGACAGCAACAUCAUCCCUUGCUACCCCCCUCCAGCGUACAGUGACUACCACGAACCUCAGGGCCUCAACCUCUCGCUUCUGGGUAUUAACUACCCGCUGAACCCCAGUCUCUUCUCCUACCUGAGCCCCACGGUGUCCAACAGCGCGACCACUCACCCGCACCUGGCUCAGCUGCCCUUCCUGGCCUCCACGGCCCAGCUGAUGCACCCGCACACCUCCCACUUCCAGCCCCUGCAGAGCCCCGAGCGCUCAGCCUUCCUGCCCCGCUUCUACUACCCCCUGCUCUUUGAGCACACCUUCAGCUCCACCGAAGGCAAAAUGUCCUCCAGCAAGCCGGAGGCCCAGCAGCUGGUGGGCUCCGUCCUGCCCACGCCUCCCCAGCCCAAACCUCCCAGUGAGCCGACCAAAGCGGGGCUGCUGAAGGUCCCGGUUCUGAAAACGACUUUUCCUUGGCCCAAAAGCGGCAGGGAGGAGGCCGCCUCCGAGCUCAGCCACGGAGCCAUGCUGGGGCAGGAAGAAGAGGAGAAGUGGCUGUCCCAAGAGAAGGAAGGCAACCCAGACUUGGGCCUCAACAACCUACGCAAAAAGCCGGCCACUGACAUCUACCAAAAUCUGGCAGGGAUGAAGGAUGGCACUUUUGUCUCCAGCGCCGUCCGGAAGGCAGAGCUGCCGGCAGUGACCUGUCUGGAGACCAGCAGCCCCGCGGGCAACAACCUGAAGAGGAAGCUUACCUCCAGUGAUCUGGAUUUGAUAGGACCUGAAAUGCUGAUGCCUGGAAAACUCAGCUACCAGAGCAGUGGUUCAAGGGCCAACACCGGCCACAUCCCCAAGGUCCUGGAUCACUGGCACACGGAUGUCCUUGCAGGCUGGCCUGAGGAACCGGAGAGGGGCAACGACUCCGAAGUCCUGCCCUUGGGGGGUGCUGGCCCAGACCCCAGCCCCUGCAAGCAGAGCAGACCACAAGAGACUUCUGCCACCGUGACAGACUCUGAGGCUACGACCGUGCUUAUUGGGGACCUGUCCAAAACCUUAGAGGAGUACCAAGAGGUGGAGAAGAAACUGUCUGAUCUGGCGAAGGAGGACACUCCCGGGCAAAAAGAGCUGAGGGACCAGCUAGUCAAAAUCCGAAGGGAGCUCUACCACAUCCACCAGGCACUGGAGAAAGCCACCAAACCCCACGAGGGGCCUCUGGACCUCUCGGUGAAGAGAUCCUCCGAGGGUCCGGAGAAGGGCCAGCAGGCCAAGAAGGAGCCAUGCAACAUGGGCCUGGCCAGCGAGAAGCUCCACGGCAAAGACCAGGGCACCCUCACCAAAUGCACGGCCACGGGGGACGCUGGAGAUGAGGAGGGGCUGCCGAGCUGCCUCCUGGAGGCCGAGAACAAAACCAUCGACUUGCUGAUCAAGAUGAGCCGCUCCGAGAGCCUCCGGGCGUCCUCUUCCGAGGACCACCUGGGCGCAGUGAUCAAGGCCGAGGUGCUCCCGCUAAGCGUGCCGCUGGAGCUCCGGCACGUCAUGGAGCCCUACUACAGCCGCACCACCAAGUGCGAGGCAGACUCCAGUGUCCUGCUCUGCUCUGACGGCAGGUCCGGCGCCACCCAGGGCCCGCAGCUCCCGGUGGCCGCCGAGGACGGGCCCCUGGGCUGCCGGGCCAUGCAGCGCUCCCUGUCCUGCGGCCUGCCCAGCGAGACAGACGCCGUGUGCGUCCACAGCCCUCUGCAUGCCGACCCCUAAGCCCACCUUGCUUGAAAGCUCCUGGAUCUCACUAGCCACCUCAUGCUUGACCUUCCUCCUGUCCCGCCUCUCCGCUCCCCCUCUUCCCCACAGCUGAAAGCUUCGCCACUGCCCAACCCCACAAGGCCCAAGAAAAGCCUUGUGCCCCACAAGGCCCAAGGCCUUGUGCCCCUCUCCCCACCGUCCUCGUGGACUCUGCAUGCUCAACAGCCUCAGCUCCCCCGUCCUGGAGCUCGCUUUGAACGGGAAGUCACUAGCAGGCAAGAAAAGAAAGCUGCUAAAAGCACCGGGCUUUCAGCAGGAGGCUCGUCCACCCUUCUCAUCAGAGACACUCAGGGACUUGUGCAGCCCAGCUCCCGUGGCUUGCAGACAGGGGCAGGACCACAAACGGGUGUCUGCAAGGCCAAGCCUGAGUCCAGAUGUGGUUGUGCUCAAACAGGUUCUGGUUGUCACCCUUGUACAGAGCAAAGCCGUGGCUGCUUCGUCUCCUGGUGGCUUCAGGGUCACAGCAGGCAAUCGGUUGCCCAGAUGGACCCACCCAGAGGACAAAUUAUUUCCACGCUGUAGACACAAGAACAUCCUCCCAGCCACGAUGACACGAAGAGGUGAGAGACACCUCGCCUCAAACCACAGCUCCACACUUGGGUGCUGAGCCCUCUGCCGAGAGGCUCCACGAGGACUUGCCAUGCAUGGGACUGCUGGGCUGUGGGGACACGUUCCUGCCCACAGCUCUUCCCGUGUCUGGCUCCUUCUCUUGCCUUUUCCACAGAAAUGAACUUCCCUCCCUCUGUCCCCUCGGCCUCUCCCCAUGCAGACACGAUGCACGUUCCUCAAAACGACCCAUGCCCCUGCAGGGUACCACUCCCACAAGCUCCUGCCCACUGCUCCUAAUUCCCAAAAAUGUUGUUAAAUGGGACAGCAAAAUGGGUGAGGCGAUGCUGCCAUGAACCCCACUGCUCAAGGGACAAACACCUGAAAAACAGCUGCAAGGGGACUUUGGGAUAGGGGGCUACCUGGCCUGUCUCAUGCUGGAAUGACCCCGAGCAGCUGCUCCCCAGCCAGGUGGGGAGCCAAGCGCCCUGUCCCCUGCCACCACGCUGGGCAGCAUCUGCUCUGGCCAGGAGGUCCCCAUGCCUGGGCCAGGCUUUCCUGGGCUUCUUACUAGCACGGUGGGUAUAGCAUGCUCUCCUUGGCCCUUUUUCUUUCCCUCCACACUCUGUUCAAGAGAUGGCGAGUUCUCCUGCCAGCAGCCAGGGCCUCCACUGACUUGACCUGGCUGCUCCUUACCACAAUGAGAAGAACCCAGAUGGGGGCAGGAGGAGAGCCAAAGGGGACAGAAAGCAAUGCCACAAACAGGGGACCCAUACAGCCCAGCAUGGGAGCUGUAGGCACUGUCUCUUCUCUGGGCACAACGAGGACAAUGCUACCAUGGGUGGCUGAAGAAGGCAAGGCCCACAUGCAGCCUGGGGCUCCCAGGUGCUUUGAUGGACCCAAGCAACAGAAAAAGCUGACUCUCCUCACCAGAUUGCUCUCUAAACAAAGCUUGUAACUUGUCUGUGGGGUUUAUUUCUCACUCACCA